ACUACCGUCAGAACCUAACCUCACGGUGUUUUCCACAAUUUUGACAUAAUUUAUUUUGAAAAUUAAUGCGUUUUUCUCAAAAAAGUAAUUAAUUGCACGAUUUAUCAACUAUUAUUCUAAUCUCGAGUGUCGCUGCGAAGUAGGGGCAACCGACGGUAAAUUUUGCAUAGUCGUGUUUACGUUCAGCACCUCGCUGCCAUCGCCUCAAAGAAAGAAGAACUAUGGUGUCCGCUAGGAGCAGCCAAAAGGCGUAGUGCGGAUUACUAAUAUUGUUGGAUGUGAUAAGAACGUAUUCGACUACAGAAUAUAGAGGUGUAAUACUUUGUAUUCCCAAAAGAACUGGCAGCUGGGUGAAGUUGAUAACGAGUGGCACCCGAAUCACUUGGGUGGGUUUCCUGAUUAUACUUUACAAUAUUGGCUGACAAAAGAAGAAGAGAGUGGUGGGAAGUAGGCAAAGGAAUUAGUUUGCGGACAUUACAUUGGUAAUGUGCAACAUGAUUGAAACGACCGACAAGGGUAGCGAAAAUGUGGUCGAGGAGGAGGACGAUUCCAAGCUUCCGAUCAGUUUUGUAUACGCCCGCCACUUGGGCAAGAUCGAAGGUAUCAAUUGCAUCACUCAGAGCUGGCGGGUGAAGGAACGUAUGAAAACGGUUAGUGUUGCACUGGUGCUAUGUCUAAAUGUGGGCGUAGAUCCACCGGAUGUCGUGAAAAUACAACCCUGCUCUAGGCUGGAGAGUUGGAUUGAUUCUUCUUCGGUAUCUCCACAAAAGGCGAUGGAGCUAAUUGGUAACAGCCUACAAAAGCAAUACGAACGUUGGCAGCCUCGAGCUCGCUAUAAACAUUCGCUCGAUCCAACGGUGGAGGAUGUUAAGAAACUUUGCACAAGUCUGCGUAGAAACUCUAAAGAAGAACGUGUUCUUUUCCAUUAUAAUGGGCACGGAGUUCCUAGACCAACGGUCAAUGGUGAAAUUUGGGUAUUUAAUAGAACGUAUACCCAGUACAUUCCGCUGUCGAUUUAUGAUCUGCAGACAUGGAUGGGAGCUCCAUCAAUUUACGUCUAUGAUUGUUCGAAUGCGGGAAUAAUUGUCAACAGUUUCAACACAUUUGCGGAGCAGCAUGAGAAAGAGCUAGAGCAAAUGCGGGCACGCAGUGGUAGUACGGCAGGCCAAUCGGACCAGGAAGUCAAUCGAAAUUCCCCCUCGCCUCCGGUACUGGGAGCAACAACUUACAAAAACUGUAUCCAGUUGGCAGCGUGUGCUGCCAAUCAAAUUCUCCCGAUGAAUCCACAGUUACCAGCGGACCUGUUUACCUCCUGUCUAACUACACCGAUUCGGAUAGCAUUGAAAUGGUUUGUCCUUCAGCCCACGUCGAAAUUAGUUCCACACGUAACUGAAGAUCUUAUAGAACGUAUUCCCGGGCAACUGAGCGACCGUCGUACGAUGCUUGGCGAGUUAAACUGGAUAUUUACCGCUAUCACAGACACUAUUGCGUGGAACACAUUACCACGAGACUUGUUCCAAAAAUUGUUUCGACAGGAUCUGCUGGUAGCUAGUUUAUUCCGAAAUUUUCUGCUGGCGGAGCGAAUUCUUCGCUCGUAUGAUUGUACGCCCAUUUCAAGUCCUCCGCUGCCGCAAAGCUACCGACAUCCGAUGUGGUCUGCAUGGGACUUGGCACUUGAUUUGGCCCUUUCGCAGCUACCUGAUAUCCUGGAGAAAGGCAAACGUUUUAAGCAUUCGCCGUUUUUCGAAGAGCAGCUGACGGCUUUCCAGGUGUGGCUGGAGGGUAGUUCUGAGCAGCGAAGUCCUCCGGAACAACUGCCGAUCGUUCUACAAGUACUACUGUCACAAGUUCAUCGAUUGCGUGCCUUGGAGUUGUUGGGCCACUUUCUCGAUCUGGGUCCAUGGGCAGUAAAUCUGGCGUUAAGUGUUGGUAUUUUCCCAUACGUACUGAAAUUGCUUCAAAGUCUGGCAAAGGAGCUGCGACCUUUCCUAGUAUUUAUUUGGGCCAAAAUUCUUGCCGUUGAUGGUACCUGUCAAGUCGAUUUGAUACGGGAUCAAGGUCAUAAAUACUUUUUAGCUGCUCUACUGGACACUAGUCCCUGCCCAGGAUUCAAGGGAAACCAUCGGAUCUAUUCCGCUUUUGUGCUAGCAAGCAUCGUUCACAAUUUUCCCAUCGGGCAAGGGAAUGCUCUUCAAGGGCAAUUACUCUCGAUUUGUCUAGAUCAACUUAAUGACGAAAACCCAGUGCUAAGACAAUGGCUUGCAAUCUGUUUGGGUCACAUGUGGCAAAACUAUGAACAAGCGAGAUGGUCCGGUGUUAGAGAUAAUGCCAAUGAAAAAUUGUACCCUUUGCUAAGUGAUCCAAUUCCAGAAGUUCGAGCUGCUGCCGUGUACGCUCUGGGUACAUUCAUAAGUUCCGUUACGCAGCGUUCGGACCAUGCAAACAAUAUCGAUCGGUCGACGGCCAUGCAUCUAUUUACUACAGUUUGCAAUGACAUGAGCCCUUUGGUCCGAAUGGAACUGAUAGCCUCGCUACAGUGGAUGGUCAGGUUUUUCGAGAGUCAAUUCGUUUCGGUGUUCCUCCAGGAAACGACUAGUAGCAAUCAUUUAAUCAGCCAUCACUAUCACAGUUUGGAGAGAAACAUCAAUAUGAAACGUGUCUCCAGCACAAGCAACAUAAUAAAUGUUGGAAAGAAUGCCGUAACGGUUGGAUCCAUUUACCAAAAGCUCUGGAAUGGUAUCAAUGCCCUCGCCAAGGAUCCAUUCCCACCAGUUGCACAGAUGGCACAGAAAGUGGUCGAAUAUGUCGGUAAGCAGGGUUACGAAAUGGCUAAAGAAGCCACAACAUCGGAGAAGAAUGCUGGCAGCAUGAGUUUACCACCUUCGCCAAACACCAGAAUAAACUAUUUAGGUGGGGAGUCACCCCCAACACAUAAUCAUCUCAAUCAAGCAACGCAUCUCACUACGAUAUCCAACAAGAAGAAGCUUCACCACAUCAGCGAUAGCGCAGACCUAUCUUGCUCUUCGUCUCAACAGCAGCCGAUUCCAAACUUAAAUCAUGCUUCUCCCCAUAGUUCACAACAACAACAGCCACAAAGCAUACAAUCUGAACAAGCACCUCCUCCUCCAGCAACACCAGCAUCCAACGCUCUACAACCGCAAUCAUUAACGCAGCAGCAGCAACAACAGCAAACCACUCCGAUCGUCACUACCAACUACAUCGAGUGGUCGAUUAGUUUCUUCGCGCGGCCAUCUAAAUUUUUAAACGAAGCAAAAUUAAACGCAAAUGACCAGAAUUCGACCGAAUUUCUAGAUCGGCAGUCUCGAUGCCUACGGAAUCGAAUUGUGCGUGAAGAAGGGCGGGAACAGCAACGCCGAGCAGUGUUUGGGCGGUUGGAUACGCAAAGCUGGUCCUGCCGCACGCAACAUAUACCCACAAUGGUCAAGUUGAACCCGUACGAUGAUCAGAUUGCUGUAGCUUACAAAGAUCGAGUCAUCCUCCAGGACUGGAGCACUGACAUCACCAGCUCGUUCAUUCCCUUCAAACAGCAGCCAUACCAGCAACAUCAAUCGAUUUUUCUCGAUCAGAAUCGGUUUCAAACAACUCCUCCUGCAAUAACGGUGUCCUCCCUGGACUUUGUCAACGCUCACGACGUCGGUCUGGUUUUGGUGGGCUAUAGCGAUAGUGUGAUUCGAAUCUGGAAGCCGGCGGAGGCAAACCGUGAAUCGUCUCUAGUCACCGCGUGGCACGGCUUGUUUGAUUUCAAUUCGCCCGCGACGGCCAAGGUUGGAACCAGUGAGCUCGGUUUGGUGAUGGCAUGGCACCAGAAAUCUCAAACCAUUAUGGCCGCCGGCGAGGCGAAGUACAUUCGCCUCUGGGACGCGGAACGGGAGUCUAAAAUCUGUGAUAUCGCAAGUGGAUCGGAUACGACAAUUAUAAAAUUAUCGUGUGCACCGAACGGAAUAUUUGCGGCCGGCUGUAAUGACGGCAGUGUGCGGCUGUUCGAUCGAAGGUGCUCACCGGCAGAGGCACGAUUCGCCACAUUCCGAGAGCAUGUGAACCCGAUACUGACCGUCUGUCUGAGGGACGAUUGUGAGAGUUUGGUAUCGGCCUGCACAACAUCAACCGUUCGAUUGUAUGAUAUUCGUAAAACUUCCUCGUCGGUUCAGCAUUGGGGCGCUGGGUCGGAUGUCUCAGCAAUGAGCAUUCAUUCGAGUGCGGAUAUAGUGGCUUGCGCUGCUAGUGUCAUCACCAUUUACGGACUGGACGGUACCAGUUUGAAUACAAUUCGGUGCAAUGAGGGAUUCAUGGGCACUAAGAAAGGAGUGACAUCGUGUCUGUCCUUCCAUAAGCAUAAACUUAGUCUGGCGGCUGGGUUCAACGAUAACACAGCUGCUGUAUUCGUAACCGAUCGGAAGUGAGCAGCCGGAAGAGGACAGCAUGCUUUUAAUCGCGAGAUACUGCUUCGCUAAGCAAAUCUAGGGAUAUGGAGAUAGUAGUAAUGGCUUCGCAAUCAAUAUAAAAUCGCUUACAAGUAAGAAAAACACAAACCAGUCAACCAUUGGACAGAAACGAAACAAAAAUUGCAGACAAUCCGGAUAUCGGCUUCAAAAGCAUCCACAGUUACGACCGGUCUGCGCUAUUUAUUUGAAGAAGAAAAAAUCUAGUAAGACAAACGAUACUGUUGAGCUAUUAUGCCUAGGAUAAGCAGAAAGAGUAGAAGAUUCCCAUUACAAACUACGCCGACUUCAGCUGAAUGUCCGCAUCUCUUUGAUUUGUGUUUGUUAUGAUUGUACAGAGCCUUACAAUAGCACCAACAGUAACUAGAAAAUGAAUAACCCAAAAUUAUCAUUGUUUACCGAGAAAGAUUUUUUACUAACUACAACUUUACUUCUUUCAAGUACACAUA